AUGGAAUCCAAGGCUGAAGAAAAUACCCAGUUUGUGAAGUCAAAAGAUUUUCUAGUUAAGACUAACGGAGGGAAAACUUUGAGCGAUGUGCUUGCAGCAGAGAAGACAGUAGUCAUGCUCAUCAACAAAGAUUCUCUACAUCUUGCUGAAUCUUUUGAUCAUCAUGAAAUGAUUAAGGAAGAUCUCAAAAAUGGGGGCUUUGCAUGGACUUAUUGCGAUAAAACAAGAGUCCUGCUCGUUCAUUAUAAGAAAGAGACUGUGCUAGAAGUUAGAGCUCUUGGUGUGCAGGCUAUUGAAACACUCAGGGAAAGAAAGAUAUCUGAAGUUACUAUCUAUAUCCCUCAAAAGAGCGAUUUUAAACUUUCUCAUACCUUUAUUCAAUCUUUCAUGAUGUGGAACUACAGGUUCGAGUUGAAGACAAUUGGAGGAAUUUCCUUGCUUACUGAGAUCAACCUUGCCUUUGAAGAAGAGCUCACUGAAAAUCUUAAGAGAGAGGUAGAAUGCUUGAUUGUGAUGGUCAAAAGUUGUCUCUUUGCUAGAGAUGUCCAGAAUACCAGAGCUAAUAUUGCAACCUGCCAAUACAUGGAAGAUCUCAUCAAGGCUACCAUUGAAGGAUGUGAUAAAGUUACCGAGUGCACAGUGAUCAAGGAUAAAGAACUUCUUGAGCAAAACUUCAAUCUGCUAUAUAAUGUUGGGAAGGGAUCUACAAUUCCUCCAAGGUGUAUCACCUGCCUAUACAAAGGAAAUCCUGAUGAAGACGAAGUCCAUAUUGCCAUAGUUGGAAAGGGGGUUGUUUUCGAUACAGGAGGCCUCAACAUCAAAGCUACAGGAGUCAUGGAGGAUAACUUCUCAGAUAAAGGGGGAGCAUGCGUCACUCUUGCAGCUCUGAAAGGAAUCAUUGAACUUGACCUGAAAAUCAAUGUAGUGUUCGCAUUUGGAAUCACAGAGAAUUCAGUCGAUGCUGAGUCUUAUAGACCAUCUGAUAUCAUCACUUCUAAGAAGGGACUCACCGUUGAGAUUAUGAAUACUGAUGCUGAGGGAAGGCUUGUCCUAGCUGAUGUUCUCUGGCAUGUCUAUGAGACCUACAAGCCAACUUAUUGUGUGGAUCUUGCUACUCUUACAGGAACCAUCAUCACAGCACUUGGUUCCAAUGCCUGUGGAGUCUUUACCAAUGAUGAUGAGUUCGUAGAAGAGUUUAUCCAAGCUGGAAAAGAAGUCAAUGAGCAAGCUUGGCACAUGCCAAUCUUUGAUGACCAUAAGGAAGACAUACUUAAUGAUGUCUCUGAUUUGAGAAAUAUGGGUGAUGACAGAAAGGGGCACUCUUCAAGAGCUGCUGCUUUUAUGGAGCAUUUUGUUGGUGAAGGCACAAAAUGGAUUCAUGCAGAUAUUGCUGGACCUACUUAUCUUGACUCAGCCAUCCCUCCAAUGCCCAAGUAUUGCACUGGAUUUGCCACUCAGACCGUUUUGAGCUUGCUGAGAAAGAAGAGUAAAUCUUAA